AUGGAUCUGCCCCGGGACCAGCUGCGGGACAGCACCUCAGUCCAGCCCAGCUUCUUUCCACUGCUGCAGUAUGACGCCUCACAGGGAAGACUCAACCACACCUACAGCUUCCACAACUCCCUGAUCUUCCCCUCCACUUCCAUCUUCCCCUCUUCAUCCACAUUUGUCUACCAACCACACUCUCUCCACCCCUCCUCCUUCCCUUUGUCUUUAUCCACCUUUUCCUCUAAUGAUCUGGCUGACCUCGAAAGCAUGUUGCUCUGGACUCUGCAUGAGCCCAGCACCAUCGCUCUGACCAUCAUGUACUGCUUAUCCUUCAUUCUGGGAGUUAUAGGGAACCUAAUGUCCCUGCGCGUCCUAAACAACCGGCGCAGCCGUCGACUGGCCGGUGUCAGUGCCACCCGCAGUCUCCUGGUGAACCUGGCAGUGUGUGAUCUAGCAGUGGUGUGUGUGUGCAUGCCCAUCACUCUGGGAAGCCAGAUCUACACUGCAUGGGUCUACGGUGACCUCCUGUGUCGAGCGGUGCCAUUCACGCAGGCUGUCUCAGUCUCAGCUAGCGUCUUGACACUAACGGUGAUCAGUGUGAAUCGUUACUACAGUGUUCAGUCACCACUGCGAGCCCGCUCCAUGUUUACACGCCGCCGAAUCUUGGCCACCGUCGCUGUGGUGUGGACAGUGUCCUCAGUGAUGUGUGCUCCACUUGCAGUGAUGAACCGACGGCGGGAAAUCAGCUUUGGGACCUUUGCCAUCUUGGUCUGUCAGGAGGAAUGGCCUCAGCCUCGCCUCAAACAGGGAUACAAUGUGUUGCUGUUUGUGGCACUCUACUGCCUGCCGGUGACCUUUAACCUCACCAUAGGCUUCCUGACGGGCAGGCGGCUCUGGGAUGGGAGGAAAUUAACCUUCUCUGACCUCGACCCUCGCAGCCAAGCUCUGCAUGUUGCGCGCCUCAAGACGCGUCAGAAAAUAGCCAAGAUGGUGGUGUGUCUGGUGCUGCUGUUUGCAGUUUCCUGGUUGCCUCUCUACUUGGCUGACCUUUGGAUUGACUGUGAGCAAAGGCCACCGUCUUGGCUGCUGCAGACUCGUCCAUUUGCUCAGUGGCUGGGCCUGACAAACUCCAGCCUCAACCCCAUCUGUUACUGUUUCAUCGGAGACCUGUACCGCUCGGCAAGGGUGAUUCGGAGACGCUACUACCAGAAAGUAGCUGCUCUAAGAUCUUCUUCGAGUCUGCAGCUGGAUGCUACUCGGCCAAACUCAAUAGAUGACCCCAAAGUGUUCCUUUAUGUCUUUGUGGGGAAGCGCAGCAUACACCCCAUUGGGACCCUGCUAUCUGACUGUCACUACCGGCUGUCCCUCGACCAGCUUGGUCUGACGAUGGAAGGAUUGAGGUUGGGCCUUUGCCAAUGA